GGGCAUAAAAUGUGUGAUGGCCGUGCCUUGUGGUAUAUUUGCAAGGAAAAACUGUUUCAAAACUACUCGAGAAGGGGGAGAUAAAUAACUUAUAAUGAAUCCUUUAGUUUACACGAAGCCAAUAAUAGCCUUACACUUCGGGGCUAUGAGACGGUGUUGUUGCCGAAAAUUGUGGUACAGCGAAAAUCAGAGACUCUGUAGUUUGGCACUGAUACACACAGAAGUCAGAAACACCAGAGUCGGUCCGAGUCCAAAUUUCAUAGGAACUUAUUCAGCGAAUGUGAAACAGUUUCGGAUUAAUAAUUUCCACACCACAGCAUCAUGGAGAGAACGGGAACCCUCGUCAAAGGUCGAAGAAACGGUCAAGAGCAUCAAGGAGGAAAAGGAAGAAAAGGAAAAAUUGGCUUCUGUUACAUCAAAAGAUGUAGCAAAAACAUCGGAGAAAAGUCUAGCGGAAAAACGAACAUUAUGGCAGAAAGUCAAGGCAGAAAUGUUGCACUACUAUCACGGAUUUCGAUUAUUAGGCUUGGAUAUGAAAGUAUCGGCGAAAUUGCUGUGGAGAAUAUUACAAGGAAAAGAAUUGAGUAGAAGGGAGCAUAGAUUGUUGGUGAAAACGACAGGUGAUAUGUUUAGGCUGAUACCAUUCUCGGUCUUUAUCAUCGUACCAUUCAUGGAAUUUUUGCUGCCAAUAGUCAUUAAAUUCUUUCCUGGGUUAUUACCGUCUACAUUUCAAACGGCAUCUGAUAAAGAGGAUAAACUCAAAAAAGCCUUAAAGGUAAAAAUAGAAAUGGCAAAAUUUUUGCAAAAAACUCUGGAUGAAAUGUCUGUGCAGUCAUCAGAUCAUCGAUCUGAGAAAGCUAAGGAAUUUUCUGAAUUUUUCUACAAAGUUAGAUCGACUGGAUCGGUUGCAUCCAAUGAAGAAGUACUCAAAUUUAGUAAAUUGUUUGAAGACGAAAUUACUCUAGAUUCUCUUUCUCGACAACAGUUAAUCGCCUUGUGUCGAGUUAUAGAUGUCCAGACUCUUGGCACCACAAAUUUUCUGCGGUUUCUUCUUAGGAUGAGGCUUAGAAGUCUCUCUGCUGAUGACAGAUUAAUUGAAAAAGAAGGAGUCGAAAGUUUGACCAGGGCAGAAUUGCAACAAGCUUGCAGAGCACGUGGUAUGCGAGCAUAUGGAAUGCCAGAAAGCAAGCUAAGAGAACAGCUGGCACAGUGGCUAGACUUGAGUUUAGUGAAAAAAGUACCGCCUUCGCUCCUGCUUCUCUCACGAGCUCUUAUGGUUCCAGAAGCUACGCCAAUGUCAGAUAAAUUAAAAGCUACUAUCUCUGCUCUUCCUGACGACGUUGUCGCGCGUACCAAGGGCGCUAUUGGAGAGAAAGAGGGCAAAUUGGACCACCGAACAAAUAUAGAAAUCAUAAAGUUAGAAGAGAAACGAAUUGAGGAAGAAAGGGAAGAACAAAAGGAGAAGGAGCAAAAAGAGAAGGAGCAAAAAGAAAAAGAACAGAAAGAGAGCGAACCUCAACCAACUGUUUUGGCAACGGCUCCUAAAUCUGAUGAUAUAACGCACACCGAUGUUAAAGCUAUUGAACAGGCAUUGGAUUCUAUUGGAAAGCAGGUUAAGAAGAUGAUAGUGGAGAAGGAAGAGUUAAAGGAACUUAAAGAAGAGAUGGCUGAGUACCAAGAGGACAUUCAAGAAUUGAAUCAAAUGAAAGCGGAGUCGAAGGGAGAAGCCGAUAUCGAGGACAUCAAAGAAUCGAAAGGAGCUAAACGGCUUUUCAAUAAAGUAAACAAGAUGAUAAACAAAGUGGAUACAGUUCUCUCGGAACUCGAACGGUCCGAGAAGAAGCUAAAAGAAAAAGUAGAAGCCGAAGAGAAGACUCAACCCAAAGCGGUGGAAGAAGUGGUUAAAAUUGAUGAACUCAUUGCUGCCAUCAAAAAGAUCCAAAAUGUACCUGAUGAACAUCGUUUAACUCGAAUUGCAGAAGUUCUAGGCAAAAUUGACGAUGACAGGGAUGGGGCAAUUAAAAUUGAAGAUGUUCUAAAGGUGGUUGAACUUAUUGGCAAAGAAGAUAUAAAAUUAAGUAAAAAGCAGGUGAACGAAUUGAUCGAUCUGAUGGAAAAGGAGGAGGUUUUAGAAGUGGAAGAUCAAAUACAAAAAGCUUUAAAAAAGGAAAGUAAGGAAAUCAAGGAGAUAUCGAAAGCCGAAGAAAGUAUAAUAGACAGUUCCAAGUCUACUGUUCCUGCCACACCUGUAACGAAGGAGAAGAAGUUUGGGAAAGAGGAAUUUAACGAAGAUGUCAGUGUCCGUGAAAAGAAUUACACUUCCUCACCGUCUUCGUCCAAGUUGAAAACUGACGUAGAUUCUGACCCAACUCGAAAUCCACCGAUAGCUCCGAGCGUUCCUCCUACACCGAAAAAGGCCGAAGGGUCAAAACAUCUGUGAUUUAUUGCACAAUAUUCUAAUAUCUUAUCUGACUGGAAUUCAAUCAUCGUAUAAGUUGUAUCACAAAAAAUGAGCCUAAGAUGCUGAUUUAUUUACGAUGAAUUUUAGCAAUUGGUUGUCGGCGCAUUGCUGCAAAUAAUCUAGCAAGGGAUGGAUCCGCCUCGGCGAGAAACUCUUACACAGGAGAAUGCCUUUGAAGAUGGAGCGAAGGCUGUGGUGCAUUUAAUAGCAUCAAAACUACUUUCUUGUUUUUCAAGUGACAAUGUGCAUGUGCUGGUCGCAAACACGUAUCACUUGUUGCUGUCUUAAUUUUGUUACGCCCGGAGGAAACAUCAUUCCAUCUGUCUAAAAAAUUUCACAUUUUCUCUAGGCAUUUGCUAAUUAAUAUUAUUUUAUUGCCAAUGCGAGGUGAUUUUGAAAGGAGUAGGAAACUUGUGAAAAAAAAGUAUUUGCUUGCACGCAAGUAACGAAUGAGACAUAAUGUACAAUUGUAUGUACGGAUUCUUCAUAUUUAUCUAUAAAUAGAGUAUGGUAAGCUAUCGAUAUGUAUAUGUACUACUGUUGUAUAAAAAAGGGUAAAAAACGUGAUGAUC